CUUGGGAAGUGUGUGAAGUGCAAACCCCUGGUCACUAUAAAAGAGGUCAGCAAUAUGACGAAACAACCGGAAUUGUCCAUUGUUCCACAUAUAUCGGCUGCAGGAACCAGAACCGGAGUUGUACAAACAGUUCCAAGCUGUCUUGAUGAGGUGAGGCGAGUCUGCAAAGAAAUAGAUGAAGCGUGACAUUGCAAGCACAUUUCAUGUUUUGUAUACAACAUCACACUUCAAAUCUUGUGCCAGUUGUGAAUGCAGGCGGAAAAACUUUCUGUUGGCAGAUGCACCAUCGUUCACAGCUGCACACACAUACAACUGCAGUGACAACUCGAGGAUAGACACAGCUCUCCAGAACAGUCUCGACGUUUUCAGUUUAGAAGACUCUCCAACUGGUGAUCAAAACGAAGUUUACAAGGAGUUCCGAGAACAAUUACAACGAAGUUCAGAAAUGGAAAGGAAAUCACCCACCUCUUCCUAACAACAAAUCAGGAAGUUUAAGACGAUUCAACAGCCUCGUGAGAAAGCUAGAAAGAUCUGACCUUCUCGAGCGAUACGACCAAGUGAUUAAAGAUCAACUCGACCAAGGAAUUGUUGAACGUGCGAGCAAAGUUCCUCAGGGACGGGAGUUCUACAUUCCUCACAAACCGGUUGUGAAGGAAUCUGCCGAACGAGUGCCUCAACCCAGGACCACCCCUGCAAAACCAGCUGUGGAAUGUGUUGGUGAGAGCACGAUUUCACCCAGUUUUGAUCACGGGAGACCUGAAACAAGCGUUCUUGCAAGUACGAAUCCAUGAGAAAGAUCGUGACGCACUCAGGUUCCAUUGGUUUAAAGAUCUGCAGACAAAGACUAUCGAAGUCCUUCGAUUCACUCGUGCGUUAUUCGGGUUAGCUCCUUCGCCUUUCUUGCUUGGAGGAGUUAUCCAGCAGCAUUUGGAGACGGUCCAUCCAGAGAUUGUUAGUGAAAUAGAGAAAAGUCUUUAUGUCAAUGAUUUAAUCAGCGGCGGUGAGAACGAGAUCGAGCAACUAAAGAGCAAAGCAAUCGAGAUUUUCUCAGAUGCAACCUUCGAUCUGCACAAGUGGCACUCUAAUGUUCAAGAUUUAGAGUCACCCAUUAAAGUCGGGGCAGAAGAGACGGAGACGUUUGCGAAGCAACAACUUGGGGUUCCAAACGGAGAACAAGCGAGUAUUCUCGGUCUUUCGUUGAACAAAGAAGAGGAUACUAUUGGAAUCAAGUUUCCAUCGGGUGUAGCUGAGCCUACAAAGAGAGGGAUUCUCGGAAAAGUCGCCAGAAUCUAAGAUCCACAGGGACUAGUGGCUCCUAUUACUCUUACCGGAAAGAUGCUUUAUCGCGAGGUGUGUGAUGCCAAACUUGCAUGGGACACCAAACUGCCGUACAAACUUUCGCAGAGAUUAAUGAAAUGGGAAGAAAGCCUGCCAACCAGUGCCAUGACCAAGCGACCGUUACCUUUACUACGCGAGAACAUUACAGAUAUUCAUCUGCAUUCAUUUGGUGACGCAAGCGGAAAGGUGUAGCUGCCGCAGUUUGCGCUGUCGUUUUCCAGCCGUCAGCCGCAAAUCAAGGUUUAGUCGCAGCCAAAGCAAGGUUAGCGAAACAAGGUUUAACUAUUCCUAGGUUAGAGCUUGUUUCCGGUCAUAUGGCAGUUAAUCUUAUCUCAAACGUGAAGGCAGCGCUCGAAGGUUUCAACGUGAGUCAACAACAUUGCUGGCCUGAUAGCAGUGUCGCGCUUCACUGGAUUGCUGGAAAUGGUAACUAUAAGCAGUUUGUGGCAAACCGAGUUGUGAAGAUCAAACAACAUGGCGAUGUGAAGUGGCGUUAUAUCAACACCGAAGAGAAUCCUGCAGAUCUCGCCAGUAGAGGAGGAUCAGUUAACCAGAAAGAUCUAUGGUGGAGAGGACCAAUUUGGUUGUCAGAUAGUACAAAGUGGACAACCAACAUCACAACGAGCACUUCGCCAGAGAGUCAAGCUGAAGAGAAAAUGCUGAAAGAGAUAUUCAAGUUCAGUGAAGUGCGAAGCGAUGAUUUUGAUGUUCUCGUCGAGAAGUUCCAGUUCUGGAAAUUAGUACGUGUAUGCUCCUGGAUAGCGAGGUUUUCAGACAACGCGAGGAAAUCCAAGAGAGACAGACUGCUGGGACCGCUGAGAACAGGCGAAAUCGAGAGACAAGUGAUCCUGUGGGUCAAACGAGCGCAGGAAAGUGUGGAAGGCACAGAAGAAUUAGAAAGAGAUUGGAUGCAGUUAAACCUCCAACCUAAUGACGCAGGAGUACUCAAGUGUUGUGGCCGAAUCCAGGGACAGUAUCCAAUUUAUUUACCUGAUUCCCAUGAAUUUACCGCGAAGAUUGUGAGCGAAGCGCACCUGAAAGCGAUGCAUGGAGGGAUCGGAGCCACAAUGACACAAGUUAGAGAUUCAUAUUGGGUGCCUCGGCUGAGAAGAUUGGCGAGGAAGGUACUCAAGUCGUGCAAUGGAUGCUAUCGGUUUCAAGCGAAAGCGUUUGCAGCUCCACCACCAGGCAAGCUACCAACCGAUCGAACUGAAGGCUCCGAAGCAUUUGAAGUAGUAGGAGUGGACUUUGCAGGUCCACUCAAGUAUCGAAAGUCCAAGAAUCAAGAAGGGAAAGCCUACCUGAUAGUCUAUGCAUGCAGCCUAACACGAAUCUGUACAUUGAAGUGCUGACUACAAUGGAGACAACAGAAUUUCUAGGAAGUUUAAGGCGACUGAUAGCACGUCGUGGUCGCCCAAGAAAGAUAUAUUCUGACAAUGGUGGAACGUUCGCUGCAGCUAAAUGGCUCCGAACUGUGAUGAAGGAUGAGUGCGUUGGAAACUUGUUGGCGAAAGAAGAAAUCAAGUGGCAAUUUAAUUUGAGUCGGGCCCCAUGGUGGGGCGGCCAAUUUGAAAGAAUGAUUGGCCUUAUCAAGCAGUCUGUACAAAACCAUUGGAAAUGGUUUUUUGUCGCUGAAAGAGUUACGAGAUGUGAUAUUGGACGUAGAAGUGACCCUAAACAACCGUCCCCUUAGUUAUGUCGAGGACAAUAUACAGUUCCCCAUCCUAACCCCCAACUCCCUUUUAUAUGGACGUUCCAAUGUCUUACCCGAGUUAGAACCUCAUCGUGUGGAAUCCAAAGACCUUCGCAAGCGAGCCAAACAUCUACGACGCUGCAAGGAAGCUGUAUGGCGUAGAUGGAAAAACGAGUACCUGAGAGGGGUAUGACUAAAGGGAGAGUUACCAACCGGAGAGUUAUCUCGGAGAGUUAUGAUUUCGGAGAGUUAUGUUCGAACCACGCCCACUUUCCCCAAUGACCACACCCAAUUUCGUAACUCUCCCGACGUUUCCUUGAACUAACAUGAGAGAGUUAUGUUUGACGUAACUCUCUCUCGUUAACAUUAUGAAGAUGUUAGAGAGUUAUCAUUUUUUAUAACUCUCCGCGUUCACGAUUGUGGCAAUGAAGAGAGUUAUGUCAGUUUUUUGAGAAAACCUUUAAAUAGUAAAGCUUGUUUCUUCAGAUUUUCAUCUUAUAUUUUGGUAUUUCAGUUUGUAGCGUGUCAAUAGCGUGCGUCCAAACAGGAAAUAGUACAACUUGACUCGGUCAAAACAAUGAGAUGCUUGCCGCAGAAGGGUCAAAUUACCCCCAGAAGCAUGUUUUGACGUGUAUUUGGCAGUAAAUACGGUAAGCAUAGUUGCAAGAAAAUUGAAAAAAUUGCGAAAAUUGAAUCUUUCAGAAAUUCAGGUUUUGCAAAUAUUUUCCCAUAUCAGCCAAUAUAGGGCAUUACAUUGGAAAGGUUUUCUUGUUCUAUCUAAUACGAGAGCUGUAUCUGAAUGUUCUUUCAGGUUUUGCAAAUAUUUUCCCAUAUCAGCCAAUAUAGGGCAUUACAUUGGAAAGGUUUUCUGGUUCUAUCUAAUACGAGAGCUGUAUCUGAAUGUUGGGCUUUGUAGGUAAUCCAAGUGAGCAUGUAUAAUAAUUUAUUUACUCGCUUCACUUGGCAGGUACUAAAGUACUACUACUUUCUACUAGCGUGGAAUAUUAAAGCUGAAACUUGAGAAAAAAGUAAAUUCACAAUAACUUACUAAAAUGUGGAAGUUUUUUUCAAAAAACUGACAUAACUCUCUUCAUUGCCACAAUCGUGAACGCAGUGAGUUAUAAAAAAUGAUAACUCUCUAACAUCUUCAUAAUGUUAACGAGAGAGAGUUACGUCAAACAUAACUCUCUCAUGUUAGUUCAAGGAAACAUCGGGAGAGUUAAGAAAUUGGGUGUGGUCGUUGGGAAAAGUGGGCGUGGUUCGAACAUAACUCUCCGAAAUCAUAACUCUCCGAGAUAACUCUCCACUUCAUAACUCUCCGUUUAGCCGGUCCCCCUGAGAGGGCUACGUGAACGUCACAACCAGCAACAUGGCAGCAAAUCAAGUACACCGAAGGUCGGCGAAGUUGUGAUUAUCAAAUCGGACGAGAGAAACCGUGGAAAGUGGAAGUUAGGAGUAGUCGAAACGGUGAUAGUUGGGAUCGAUAAUGUUGUACGAGGCGCGAAAGUACGAACAGGAAAGUCGGUAGUAGAAAGAGCGGUUCAAUAUCUUUUUCCGUUAGAAUUGUCGUGCGACAAGACGGAAGUGACAGAACAAGCCACGCCAGCGAAGCUAAACGUGAAAGUACCUGAAUUCCAACCAAGACCGAAGCGACAAGCUGCCGUUGAAGCCAAAGAUCGGAUCACUGCAGUUGGGAUCGAAGAAGAAGACUAACAUUGACAAACAUUGACAGAUAAGAUACAAUAAUUUUUUAUAUUAUUCAUAUAGGACUGAUUAUUUAGAAACAUUUUAAUCGUAUAGUUCAGUUAUCUAAAACAUUGGUAUUUUUUUCAUAUAGGUAAUAGGGUAUAAUCGUGGACACGAAAUAUAUUAGAAUUUUAGAACAUUUGUCUCAUUAGAGACAAAUGUGGGGACAUUUGUCUCAUUAGAGACAAAUGUGGGGGUGUGUGUUAAAUAUUUUCUUUAAUUCUUAGUUAAUUAUGUAACCAUGACGACAUUGAUUAGAGAUAGAGACAUUAUUUGCAUGCCAGAGAUAUAAUCCGUGAUAUAUAUAUAUAUAUAUAUAUAUAUAUAUACCUAAAUUGACAGAUUUAGAGUCAGUGUGUGUGUGUGUGUGAUGUGAGUGUGAGGGAUUGAGACUCGAGAGCCAAACUGGGCGUGUGAUUGUGAAUAUACUUUUUAAUAAAACUACAAAAAGCUUGUGAUUUGUGAAUAGUGUUGCGACUACAUACUUUAUUUCCGACAAUAAGGAUUCGCCAUCCAGCCUUUGCAACUAUAGACCAAUUUCCCUUCUUUCUAUUUUUAAUAAACUUUUGGAAAAACUUAUGUGUUACCGUUUACUUGACUUCCUAAGACUCAAAAUUAUUCCUACGAGUAGAAAUUAUUAGUAUUUUUACUAAGAGUAGAAAGUAUUCAACAGAAUAUGCCACCAUUCUUAAAAUAACUGAUAAAAUACAAAUAUCUAUUGAUGAACAUGAUUAUUCGCUUGGAAUCUUUUUGGAUUUUAGUAAAGCUUUUGACACAGUAAACCAUGAGAUUUUAAUAGAAAAGUUGAAUUAUUAUGGAAUUCGAGGACUACCCAGUAAAUGGUUCACCACGUAUCUUUCUGAUAGACAACAAAUAGUUAAAAUAAAUAACAUAAGUACUGACCCAUUAACAAUUUCCUGUGGUGUACCACAAGGAACUGUUCUUGGUCUAAUAUUAUUCUUGAUCUAUAUAAACGAUUUUCAUCACUCUUCAUCCUUAUUUGACUUUCAUGAUGCCAACUUAUUUUAUAGAAAUGCAAGUUUAGAAAAUUAACAAUCUAAUCUCAAUCAUGAUCGAGUUAGGUAAGGUUUACAUUUGGCUUUGUGCGAACCGGUUGUCUUUAAACAUAGAAAAAUCAAACUUUGUUAUUUUCCAUCCAUCUCAGAGAAGAUUACACUCCAACAUUCAGUUAACCCUGAAUAAUAUUCAAUUGGAACAAAAAAAUUGCAUCAAGUAUUUAGGCGUGUUUAUUGAUUCGCACCUCUGCUGGAAACCUCAGAUUGAAUAUAUAGAAACAAAAUUAAGAGAAGCAUCGGUAUCUUAUCUAAGGUGCUCUAUUUGGUUAGUUCUAAUACAUUGAUAACCAUGUACUAUGCUAUGGUUUAUCCCUUUCUAAUAUUCUCGAUAAUCAGUUGGGGAAAUACUUAUCCUUCAACUAUUCAGUCACUUUUUGUGCUGCAAAAAAGGGCUAUUAGUAUUAUGACUUUUUCCAAAUUUGAUGAGCAUUCUAGCCCAAUAUUUAAAACAUUGAAGACUAUAAAGCUGUGUGAUCUUGUCACCCUACAUAUUGCAAUAUUUAUGUUUAAAUUUCAUCAGAUGUUACCUCCUGUCUUUGAAUUGUUUUUUAUGCCAGUGGAAAAUGUCUAUAAUUAUAAUACAUGAUCCGUCCUGACCGCGUAGCGUCCUGACCGCGUAGCUCAGUUGGCAGAGCAUUGGGCUAGUAUUCCAAAGGCCAUAGGUUCGAUUCCCACCGUGGCCGGGCAUAUUUUUCAAGCUCGCCCGGUGUGGAUAUACACUCAGAGUAACACCACAAACAUUAUAAUACAUGUUCACUAUUUCCCAAAAAUAAGAACAAAUUAUGGUAAAUUCAUUGCACAAUUUCAAGGAUCUAUAGUUUGGAAUGCAAUUGGUUUUCAUGUUAAGUCUCUUUCAUUUAAAAAAUUCAAAAAAUAUAUAAAACAAGGUUUUAUAAGUAAAUAUUAAUUUUGUAAAAAUAGCACAAAAACUCGUAUAGUAUAUGUUUAUUUGUAUUACACAUGUAAUCUGUCUUUGGGUGUGUAUACAGUAUAAUUGUAAUUUUUGCUAUAAAUUUGUAUUUGUGCUUUAUGUAAUUUAGUAAUCAUCAACAUUGUAAACUGGCUGCCCAGCAUCUUUAGCUUAGUGGUUAUUUUGGGAAGUCAGUAUCCUAAAUAUUGUAAAUUUUUUUGUGUAAGUACGUAUGUUUUAUUUAUGGAUUAAAAAUUGUUGUUGUCAUGAAAGGUCACCAGAUCAUAGAUUUUCAUAAUAUUUAAUGACUUAAAGAGUGGGCUUGUAAGUUCAUAAUAAUUAGUAAAGGUAAUGACAGGGGCAGAUCCAGGGGGUAUUGAGUGUAGCUCAAGAUACAGUUAUAUUUUUCCGAUUGUGGUAGUAAAAAAGUUUUUGAGAAAACUUCACCAUUAAUAUAUUUCACACAGUUCAUUUCUGUGUACAAAAAGUAGUGAAAAUUUGAGUUCACUAAGAUGAACGAGGGCAAAUUCUUUCGUAAAUAUUAAAAUUUACAGCUCCAAUGUAACUUUAGUCAUGUUUUUAAAGCCUUGAAUUAUUUUCGACGAAGAUAAGCCGAGAGCUUUCCGGAGGUGUAACCAAAGGACUUUACUUGGAUCGGAAAAAUGUUUUUAAAUGCAUCUGCGGUGUUCUGAUACGGUCCACGGUUCGAAUGUUACUAAAAAUAUUAACUUAAUGAGGUAUUUGGACACCUUGGAGGGUAUCCAGACAAUCACAGGACAUGCAUCUAUGACGUCGGAUACCCUCUGAUGCUGUGGCUGUAUUUUGAUUGUUCAAGAAAUGAAAUAAUUGUGAACCGCUCGGAAAGUUUGUCUCGUAUUGCUAACAGCCGCAUCCAUCUAACGUUAAUAAUUGAGUGAGUGAUGGCCUUACAUUCAGAAAAUGUCCUUGAAAUAACACUCUAUAAAUAGUGUUUUGGAUGCCAAUUCGAACAAGACUAUUAUGAAAGGGAUAUGUCCGAAGGGGUCGUCGAAGUUAUGUUCGGCGAAAGGUAUGGCUAGUUUACAUUGUUCGAGAAAAUUGAGUAUAAGUAUAAUAAAAUAUAUGUUAUAGCUUGACCUUUCAAAGUUCAUAAAUCUCUAAUGUUACCAUUUGACUAAAACUAUCAUUAGGAAUUAGGAGAUAUUGUUUCAAUGAAUUGAAUGGUAGUAUUUUUGUCUUCAUAGCAUUUGCUUAACUGAAGAUAUGAACCUGCAAAGUCUAUUGUGCAAUAUGUUUUUAAAUAGGGACCGGUCGAGAAAAUUAAAUGUGCUCAGUCACGAAAAACAACUUUUCUCUAUGUCAAGACGCUACACAUUUCAUGGAGCAGAAACUUGAACACUAAUACCAAGAACAUUUUUCAAUUAUUGUGUUUUUUCUGCAACUUACUUGAGCCUAAACCUGCUUUGACUAUGAAAAAAAUAAAUUAUAGGAAGAUUAAAUCGGUGAACUUGGAAUCUCUACGCAAAUGAUUUAGCUGGAUUUACGUUAUGCAGUGAUUCACAUAAUAACCAACAUGUCAGUCUCGAUGACCUUGUUCAGAAUUACAAUAACACACUUUCUGAAGUUAUGAACCAUCAUGCUCCAUUGAAAACCAAGAACAUGGUGGUUAGACCUACUGUGCCUUGGUACAAUGAUAAUAUCAAUGCUGCUAAACGAUUGAGAAGAAACACAGAGAGAAAGUGGAGAAGAAAGAAAUUGGAUAUUGACUACAUUGACUUUAAGAAGAAGAAAAACUAUGUUACCUAUAUUAUGAACCAGGCCAGACAGGAGUUUUACAGGAACUUCAUUGAAGUGAAUAGCAUUGAUCAAGGUUGUUUGUUUAAGGCAGCAAAGAAACUUUUAAGUAAGAGGAAUGAUGUGUCUUUCCCUCAAUACUGUGACAAACAACGUUGGUGGAUAUAUUGUGAACAACAUUGGUGGAUAACAACAACAUUGGUGGAUAUAUUGUGAAUAAAAUCGAAGCUAUUCGUUUGGAUAUUGAGGCUUCUGAUGCUCAUCUGAAUAGGGGUGUGCGUGACGCUGUUCCUAAAGAUCUUGAAGUAGAUGAUACUCAAAUAUUCAGUGAUUUCCAACUUCUUACUAAAGAUGACAUAAACUUGCUUGUCCAAAAGUCAGCUAAAAAGUCCUGUUCGUUAGAUCCCAUGCCAACAUCAUUGGUGGUCAAGUGCCUUGACAAGCUUUUGCCCACAAUCAUGUGUUUGGUAAAUCUAUCAUCAUCUGGUAAAUUUGCGGAUGAUUGGAAGAAAGUUCUUGUGAAUCCUUUUCUGAAGAAAGAUAAUUUAAAUUUGGAGUUUUGUAACCUCUGCCCGAUCAGUAACUUGCAGUUCAUAUCCAAAUUGACAGAACGUGCUGUCUUUGAUCAAAUGUACAAUCACAUGAUGCGGUUUGAUCUUUAUCCAACAUUACAGUCAGCAUAUCGCCAAGGACAUAGCACUGAAACAGCUUUACUAAGGCUACAUGAUGAUAUUCUUUUAAACAUGGACAAGAAACAUGUAACCUUGGUGGUGUUCCUUGACUUAAGUGCAGCGUUCGACACUGUAGACCACAAGAUCCUAAUUUCGCGUUUAAGAUCAAGCUUUGGUAUAAGACGCAAUGUCCUAAAUUGGUUUAUAUCAUAUCUAACAAACAGAUCUCAACAAAUUUCCCUUAAUGGUCAUGUUUCGAACAGUUUCCCUCUCCCACAAGGCGUCCCACAAAGCUCAUGUUUAGGACCCCUGUUAUUUACAAUUUAUUCCAGCAAACUAUUUCAGGUUAUACGAAAUCAUCUUCCAGAUGCCCAUGCAUAUGUGGAUGAUUCGGAACUCUACCUUUCAUUCAAGCCUGAUAGCCAAGUGAGUCAGGACAAGGCAUUAGAUGUGAUGGUACGGUGUGUGAAUGACAUAAGAACAUGGAUGAUAGUGGAUAAACUAAAUGAAUGAAGGAAAAACUGAGUUCUUAGUUGUUGGAACUAAGCAACAACUUUGUAAAGUUAACAUUGAUCAUCUUACUGUCGGUGGAUCUAAAAUCAAUUCUACAAGCACGGCCAAGACUCUGGGCACAUGGCUUGAUUCCAAUCUUAACCUACAAGAACAUAUUAAUAAGACUUGCAGAGCUUCAUUCUUUCAUCUAAAUAACAUAAGGCGCAUCAGGACAUAUUUAUCUAAAGAAUCGAUGCAAACACUAGUUCAAGCAUUUAUUAUCAGAUGCCUGGACUACUGCAAAAUAGCCUCCUUUAUGGCCUACCCUCAGUUCAUCUGGACAAACUACAGCGUGCACAGAACUCUGAUGCGAGAAUAAUCUGCAAAACAUCAAGAUUUGACCACAUAACUCCUGUGUUAUAUACCCUGCACUGGCUGCCUAUCAGAUGCCGCGUUAACUAUAAAAUACUUGUUCUUACUUUUAAAGCGAUUCACAGCCUUGCAACUGAAUAUAUUUGUAGUUUAAUUAAUAGCAUCAGGGAACAAUUAAGAUACAGUCUUCGAUCUAACAGUGGACUAUUAAAUCUGCUGUGUUGGUGUAAUGUACUCAGGUGAAUAAGAUGUUUGUGUGAUGUUACUCUGAGUGUAUAUCCACACCGGGCAGGCUUGAAAAAUAUGCCUGGCCACGGUGGGAUUCGAACCUACGACCUUUGGAAUACUAGCCUACAAUCAACCUACAAUCAUAGACAAAUUUACUCGGCCAAACAUGGCAAAUAAAGUAUUUUUUUGCAACAUUUUCAUAUAUACUUCGUAAAGUUGGUCCCCCCUCCCCUGAAACACUGUUGAUUUACAUUUCAGUCAUCAUGGCAACUAUUGUGGUAUUUGUACCAACAACAUUGUAAUGGGGGAGCGGGGAAUACGGCUGGAUAUGCAUAUAAAUAGUUGAUUGCAUUAAACUUCAGCCAUUUUUAAUCAGCGUCCGUGUGUUAUUUGUCUAGGAUUGUCUGAAAAACUAUCGGUUGUAUAAAGCAUUAAUUAUUGUACAAUUUUAGCCAAUUGUCACAUUUUAUAAAUACCGAAGUUCUAUAAACACAUGAAAUAAGAUAUUAUAUUAAAAAUACUAAAAAUUAAUGUUAAAAUAUGCAAAACAUUUUGAUAAUUACAGUUAGUUUAGAUUGUUGGCAUCAUAUGAUUAACGUAAUGUGCAUAUAAAUCGCAACAUGGCGAGAAAAGUAUGCGCGGAGAAUAUACAGGUCUGAGUUGGUAGAAUGUGGAUUUGACUCACAGAGAGUGUAUCAAAGAACAGUUUCCAGAUACCUUAACCGAAACGGCUUCUACACGAGGCAAGCAAGGAAAAAGGGACUUUUAAAUGACAAAGAUAAACGGCUCAGACUUUCCUACGUGCGUGAAAUGACAAGAGUUUUACAUAACCACCCAGAUUACUACACUAAUCAUGUGGCUUUCUAUCUGGACGCAGUAUUGUUUGUACACAAGAACCACCCUCGUAAGGCAGCAAUUCAACCGAAAUCGUCAGUGUGGAGAAAGAAAGGUGAAGGGCUUGCAAUCACUGCUCUGGCAGGUGGGAGAUGCAGUCAUGUUCUUGCAGCCAUCGCUUGGGGAAAGG